AGCCAUUACUGAAACUCUUGGCGAAUUCACGAGCCUUACAUUUUAACUGUGGAAGAAAAUAAACUUUCUGGUACUGUUCCUUCCUGAAUAUUCAACCUCUUGAAUCUCACAGCUCUUGAUACUGGCUCAAACCAAGUUCAAGGCAGCCUUACUUGGGACCUAAGAUUCACCAUGCCAUCUCUUCAAAUCUUGGCUGUCAGUGAUAACUAGAAGAUUGGCUGCACCCAUCCACCCGCUUGAACGAGGCAGACAAGGCACCUAAGGAAUUGAAGUUUACUCGGAGAGUGAAUAUAGCUGUUGAUGUUGCUUGCGCAUUGGAGUAUCUUCAUCACCAUUGUGAAACAUCAGUUGUUCAUUGUGACCUAAAACUAAGCAAUAGUCUACUCGAUGAUGAAAUGGUUGGCCAUGUAGGUGACUUUGGAUUAACAAAUAUCAUGUCUGCAGACAUGCAAAGUUACUCUACAAGCCUAUCAAGCUCACUAAAAGGAACUAUUGGUUAUGUUGCACCAGGUGUCUACCUACGGUGAUGUGUACAGCCAUGGCAUCCUUUCUUUGGAGAUGUUUACAGGGAAGAGGCCAACUGAUGAAAUGUGUAAAGAGGAUCUGAACCUCCAAAACUAUGUUAAGCUAGCAUUGCCAGAAAGAUUGGCUGAGGUAACAGAUCCCAUUCUUCUUCAAGAUAUAGCUAGAGGAGGAGAAACAGCUACAAGUAAUACCAGCAAUAAGAACAACGAGGGAGAUGAGAGAUUCCUUCAGUGCUUAAUUUCUAUAUUCAGUAUUGGAGUCAGUUGUUCUACUAAAUCACCUAGCAAGUAAUUAAACAUGACUAAUGUCACUUCUGAGCUUGUUUCUAUCAGAGAUAAGCUUCUUCCAACUCGAUUACGCCAUUGAAGCCAAAGGUGAUAGCUCCCUAUUACAGUACUGCAGCUUGUUCUUCCUCUCUGGUCAGAGUCGAAGUAGCAUGGAUCUCCAAAUCAUCCAAUCAAACCCAAAAAAGGCCCAAUAGAGCCCAAAUAAUUGUCCAAAAGGCCCAAAAUAGGCCCAUUUACUCAACCCAAAAGAAGAUCAUAUGAGUUAUCGCCUUCCAUUUAGACUUCCAUAGAUUUUCCAUUAAGCCUUCGACGUAUCCGUACAAGACCUUGCCCCAACAAAGUAAAAAUGUCAACGUUCCCCGAUUCGUUCACUCAACUCGGAGACGACUCGGUCCAGUCUGUUCCUCACCAGGAACAUGAUGGAAGCGGCUACGAAGGAUACGACCCGUCUCAGCAAUUCAACUCUUUCGUGGCCGAGUCGGACCCGGCCAAGGACUCGACUGACGACGUGUUUGAAUCGCAGUCGUACACGAAUGGUGGAGGAUUUGGCCAACAUUUCAGCGGAUCGGACGGGCCGAUUUUACCGCCGCCGUCGGAGAUGGAGCACGAGGAAGGGUUUGCUCUCAGGGAAUGGAGAAGGGAGAAUGCGAUUCGAUUGGAGGAGAAGGAGAAGAGGGAAAAGGAGUUGUUGAGCCAAAUAAUCGAGGAAGCUGAGCAAUACAAAGUUGAGUUUUAUAGAAAGAGAGAGGUCACCUGUGAAAGCAACAAAGCGAAUAACAGAGAAAGGGAGAAGAUAUUUGUAGCCAACCAAGAGAAGUUCCACACUGAGGCUGAUAAGCAUUACUGGAAAGCAAUUGCAGAGCUCAUUCCUAAUGAAGUGCCAGCAAUAGAGAAGAGAGGGAAAAAAGAUAAGGAGAAGAAGCCUUCCAUUGUCGUGGUCCAAGGUCCGAAGCCUGGGAAACCAGCUGACCUUUCAAGGAUGAGACAGAUACUCUUGAAACUGAAACACAAUACACCUCCCCACCUGAAGCAUUCUCCACCGCCAGCACCUGCCCCUGCAAAAGAUCAAGAUGCAAAAACCAGUAAUACUCCUGUCACUGCUGCUCCUCCUGUCACAAGCACCCCCGAGGCAGUAGUUGCUGCUUAAUAUUUUCAUUUCAACGUUUGUCAGCUUCUGUAAUCAAAACUAUCUUAGAGUAUCUUGUUCUGAUGUGAUGUUUAGCCAGGCAUCAUUACCAGUAGGGUUUAUCUUGGUUGUAUGAGAUUAUAAAUUAGGAGUUUCUCUAUGGUUGAAUCUGUCAUUCGGACGGGAUGUACACCGAGAUAAGUUAUUUUGUCUAUAGAAUUUCUUUUGGCAUUCCAGCCCUCAACUUUCUCA